CACACACACACACACACACACACACACACACACACACACACACACACACAGUUCCCACAUGUCUACUAAGGAAAAGUUGAGGUGCUGCUCUGUGAUCCUGCUCAGGAACAGAUUCAAAGCUUUACACAGUUAGAAGAAAGAGAGGUGAGCAUGUCUUCCUGUGUGGCAAAGUCCAGAAGCAAGAACCCGUACGCAGCAGUGCAGGUGGACCCGGACAGUGACUACAUCACACCGGGAACAUUAGACCUGGAGCAGCUGUUCUGGUCCGGCACCGGGGCUCAGUACGCCCAUGUCAACCAGGUCUGGCCCAAUAUCUACAUCGGGGAUGAGAAAACAGCUCUGGAGCGGCCUGGCCUGAGGGAGCUGGGUAUUACACAUGUCCUCAAUGCAGCGGAGGGAAAGUUUAAUAAUGUACUGACUGGUGCUGAUUACUACACGGACAUGGACAUCCAGUACUUUGGUGUGGAGGCUGAUGACAAACCCACCUUCAACAUCUCCCAGUACUUCUGCCCUGCAACCCAAUUCAUCCACGAGGCCCUCAGUCAACCGCAGAACAAGGUGCUGGUGCACUGUGUGAUGGGUCGGAGCAGAUCAGCGACUCUGGUCUUGGCAUACUUGAUGAUGAAAUGCAGCUUAACUGUGGUGGAUGCUGUUGAACAUGUGAAACAGCGCCGCUGCAUUCUGCCCAAUCACGGCUUCCUAAAGCAGCUCAGAGCACUAGACAUCAUGUUACAAGAGGAGAGGCUGAGGCAAAAAAGAGAGAUGCAACAACAAUAGUUAACAAUAGAUAGAUAAUAUCUCUGUUUACCACUUUGAUUGUCCUCUGAAUCCAUCUCAGGUAUAUGAAAAUGUUCUUUUUGUUUCUUUAACGACUGUGUCAUUAAACUCUGUUUUGUUUUUCA